CAAAGCAUCAUUCACAGGCUCUUUAUAUUCUAAUGCAACAACUUCACAUGCUGCUUCCUUCUUUUUUCAUUUUUAUUUAAUUAUAUUCUUUUGUACCAUUUUCGUGGACUUCAUUCAUUCUCUUUCACCAUUCCCAUUGUUCAUCGUUCUUCUAACCCCCACAACAAACCUUCCCAGAUUUCCUCGACAACUACUACUUCCUGCAUCCAACGUUGUCAUGGAGGAAGUUAACGUGGUGGAAACCAAGGAUGGAACUGUUUCAGUGGCUACUGCUUUUGCUGGUCACCAGGAAGCUGUGCAGGAUAGAGACCACAAAUUUUUAGGAAAAGCGGUUGAAGAAGCAUACAAAGGGGUAGAUUGUGGACAUGGAGGCCCUUUUGGUGCUGUAAUUGUUCGUAAUGACGAAGUAGUUGUUAGUUGUCACAACAUGGUUCUGAAUCACACUGACCCUACUGCUCAUGCAGAGGUGACAGCAAUAAGAGAGGCCUGUAAGAAGCUUAACCAGAUAGAGCUUUCAGAUUGUGAAAUAUAUGCUUCUUGUGAACCUUGCCCCAUGUGCUUUGGUGCAAUCCACCUUUCUCGAAUUAAGAGGUUGGUUUAUGGAGCGAAGGCUGAGGCAGCAAUUGCUAUUGGGUUUGAUGAUUUUAUUGCGGAUGCAUUGCGAGGUACUGGAUUCUAUCAGAAAGCUCAGUUGGAGAUUAAAAGAGCUGAUGGUAAUGGGGCCCUCAUUGCAGAAGAGGUUUUCCAGAAAACAAAGGAAAAGUUCCAAAUGUACUAGAUCGCUUUUCCUUUUUACUCAACAUCUGAUGAAAAUUUGCUGUUCAGGAUUGGGUUCAUUUGAAUGAUUGAAAAUGUUGAUAGUGUAUUGAUCUCAUUUGAGUAUAUAACAAGUUAUAUGCUACAUUUCGGAUUGCAUCAGAUAAUGACUAUCUGAUUGUCAAUUGGUUCUUGUAUGCAUUUUCACACAGGAUUAUAUCAAAUACAUUUUCAUCUUUAUCA